GACAAGACCUAUUCAUAUUUCUAAUUUCGCAUUCACAUAUUUGGCGUGUUUCUCGAUGCUUGCCGCAGGUUAGGUUAUAAACCGGUCGCUUUUUAGAGUGAUUUGAUUUUGCGGUACAAAAGGCGAUGGGGAAAAAAGAUAAAAAGAAAAAUAAACACAAGGUAAGCGGUCAAGUGAAGACUGCAUUAAAAACCGAGAAAAAGCUUAAUGCAAAGCAGAAGAAGGAAUUAGCGGCACUUGGUGAGGAUGACAUAGAAAAGAUCGUUGCUGAAAUUGAAGAAGAGGAGGCUCGCAGGCAAUGCGUCAAGGAGAUAGCGGUGGAUGCGCCGCUUAGACGAGUAAACUUCACCCUGACGGCACAUCCUCUUAAGGAUGAGCUUGUCAUGCUUGGCGGCGAGUUUCAUGACGGUCGACAAACAAUUGUAUACGGCGACAUGUUCGUUUACAACAUAAAUAAGCGAGAAUGGACAUUGGUGAAGGCACCUGGGGCACCGCCACCGCGAUGCGGCCAUCAGGCAGUAGCCACGUCGAAUCAUGGUGGCGAAUUGUGGGUGUUUGGUGGUGAAUUCACCAGCCCAAGCGAGUCGCAGUUCUAUCACUAUCGGGACUUGUGGGUGUUUCGAUUUGCUGACAAGAAGUGGGAAAAGAUCACAGCUCUAAACGGCCCAUCAGCCAGAAGCGGACACAGAAUGGUGCAUGUGAAGAAACAGCUGAUAGUGUUUGGCGGAUUCCAUGACAAUCUGCGACAUGAUUAUAAAUAUUUCAACGACGUACACAUUUUUGAUUUAGAGACUUACACGUGGCGGAAAAUCGAACCCGCAGGUGUUGCACCCACUCCUCGAUCAGGCUGUAUAUUGCUGCCGACUCUGGACAAUAGAGUCGUCUUAUAUGGUGGCUACAGCAAGGAGAAAGUAAAGAAGAAUGUAGAUCGGGGUUGCAUUCACGAUGACAUGUUUUUGCUGACUCAAGCGGACAAGAAUGAUGCAACCAAAUAUAAAUGGGUCAGCGUGAAGCAAACUGGGACCCGUAUGAGCCCGAGAUGCGGCGCUUCCGCCUCAUUAAUUCAGCCUGCCGCCAACCAAGCCCUCGUGUUCGGCGGUGUUUACGAUGACGACGAUGACGAUGAGGAAGAUCUGUCUGGAACAUUUUACAAUGAUCUGUUUGUGUUAGACUUGGAGAAGCUACACUGGCACGUUGCAACUUUAACCGGGAAAAAAGAAACGACUGUUACUGACGGCACCGAAGCACGACGACGACGAAGAAGGAGAAAACAGGGAGAAGGAAGCGGUGAGGAGGCAGAGCAGAGUAAUGAUUCAGAUGAGGAAGCGAUAGGAGACAUUUCGAAUUCCAUCCAAUCUACGGUUGUCGUAGAUGACGACGGGAUAUUCACGGUAACAAUAGGUUCAACGGAGUCACCUGCGCCUUCCGCAUCGACACUUGAACCCACCUCGGCAGUGGCAAGUGACAAAGAGACGAAAUUUUGUCCAUUGCCGCGAAUAAAUGCUGGAAUGGCGGUGAAGCACAACGUCCUGUAUUUGUAUGGUGGCAUGAUGGAAGAGGGUGAUCGGCAAUAUACUUUAUCCGAUUUCUACAGCUUAGAUUGUCGAAGGCUAGAUGAAUGGAAAACUUUAAUAACGGACAAUUUGUCAUCGCAAACGUGGUUCGACUCUUCGGAAAGUUCAGAAGAGAAUGAAAAUAAUGAAGAUAGUGAGCAAGAGGAGAGUGAUGACAAUGAAUCAUCAGUGAAUAUUAAUGAUAAGAACUGAAUGCAAAAAUAAUAAAACAAUAACUUGCUUAAA